GAAGUAAAAGAACGAGCAUAUCAGAUGCUCAUUAAAUGGACUGAGUGUACUGAAAAACCUACUCUUAAACUCCUCACAGACGCGUUAAAGGAUGCUAAGAAAAUUCAGCUUAUCGACGGAAUUGCAGAUGUCCUGCGUCAAAAUAGCUAUAGGAAUCCACCGCAAGGGGGACAACCGGUUACGGCAACCCAUUUCCUACGCAUUACCAAUGAUAUCGUACACGACUGGAAGUUUAUCGGUAGAUACCUUGAUGUUGAAGAGAGUAUUAUACGUCAGAUAGACAAAGAUUCUAAAACAGCUAGAGAAAAAGCUUCUCAAAUGCUUAUCAAGUGGAAGCAAAGCAAUGGAAACGAGGCCACAUUAGAAGUUCUCAAAGCAGCACUGCAAGAUGUUGGAAGAAAAGAUGUCGUAAGAAAACUCUAAGAGUUGUUAAAUGAAUAAGCCAAGCUGCCCUGAAUAAAUAUCAAAAACGAAUUGAUUAGAAAGUCGACAAAAUAUUUCAUAAAUUCUAAAUGUUGAAAAUUAGUCCAAAACGCCGGAUAAAUGUCGGCAAAAGACAUAGCGACCUUGUUGUUUCCACCAUAACGGACGACACCAAGAUAAGCAGUGUAUUUAUAACAUUAGUGCAUUCACCAAAACCACCUGAGCCGAUUCUAGUCAGCUCCUAAUAUAGGAACCCUCUGAUCGCGCACGCUUGCAUAGUCGUCCUAUUUAAACGAAUAUAUGGUUUGUACUCUAGCACAGAAUUGUAAAGAAAUGAACGUGUACACAGAGAA